GCCCUCAGUGGGCGCCACUGCGCCCCGCCAUGCCCGCCAUGCGUGCGACCGUGCCGUACUCACCUGCGACCGCCGCCAAGGGCGUGCCCGUCCUGCACCUGGCGGAGGAGCUUGCGGCGGCCUGCCCGGAGGCGCGCGGGCGGGCCCCGCCACGGCCAGAGGGCGCGCUGGCCGACGGGCGGGCGCCGCGGGCGGAGCGCGUCGCGCAGGAGGAUGGGGCGACGAGGAACACGAUCUCCAUGCUGCAGGAGUUCGUGCAGUGCACGCGGGUGCACCAGGCGCCCCAGCAGCAGCCCGUGCUGCAGUGGCACCUCGAGUCCCGCCUCGGGGCGUCGUCGCUCGGGGCCGCCGCCGCCGCGGAGUUCCGCGCCACGGUCUCCUUCCUGCUGGACGGGGUGCCCCACCACGUCGUCGGGGCGUGGCACUAUUCCAAGAAGAG